AUCAAAUGUCUCUCCAGAUUUACACCAUAGUACCAAAAUAUUUACUGGUGACUGAAGGAACGUUUUCCCACGACAAUGAAUAUUUUACAUCAUAAGAGUUGGCAUGUUCGCAACAAGGAUAACAUCGAGAGGGUUCGGCGGGAUGAGGCGAAGGCUGCGGAGGAGGAGAAAGAGAAAUUAAGGAAGGUUGCUUUAGCUGAACAAGAAGCCAGGACCGAUUUGUUACGACAAAGAGCUAGAGGUCAGAAGGUGACUUUUACAUCCAGCAGCACAGUUACCUCCCCUGAAAAAAUAGAGGGCGCUCCAGUGAAGAAGGACGAAGAUGAGGAAAAGACAAAGCUGGAUGUUUAUAAUUCAAACAGCCUCGUUUCCGAUAUAUACACGGGGUCGGGAGGUCAUAUGAACUUCUUCAAAGACACAGAAGGUGUAUCCACAGGGAAACAUAACAUUGACCAUGAAGCAGAGAAAAAAGCUGAGAAGGAGGAUUGGGAGAAAAAGAUGGGCAUUUUAACCUAUUUAGGUCAAAGUUCAUUGAAAAGUGAAGGAGGUUCAGCCCCGUGGUAUGCUAAGAAAAGAAAACGGGAAGAAGAUGAAGAUGACACCAUCAGUAAAAGAGAGCACAAUGAUAAGAAAUUAAAGGACUCCUUAGAUCCCAUACACAAACUUAACGGUUACCUGAAGAAGAAGAGUCGCAAGGAUAAACAUCAGUCAGACAAAUACAAGCACAAACAUCAAAAACCCAAGCACAAGAAAGACAAGGAGAGGUCAGUGGAAAGUUCAAAAGCAGCCAAAGUUCAAGGGUCAAAGAGCAUGGAGCAGCUUCGCGCAGAGAGACAUAAAAGAGAAGCUGCUGAGAAAAGGAAAGCUGCUGCAUUAAUGGCGAAGGUCAGAGGAGAAAAGACAGAAGAAGAAAAAGAAGAAGAGAAGGAAGUGAGCGAUAGGGAUCGUCGAUAUAACUCUCAAUACAACCCAGACUUUGUGAGGAAACCGAGAAAACAUAGCCACUGACGAUAAAAUUAAACGUGUGAAAUAGUUGAUAGGUGGUGAACAGUGACAAGGGAGAUAAUUUAUUACAACCCUGACAAGGGAGAUAAUCCAUUAAAAACACUGACAAGGGAGAUAAGUCAUUACAACCCUUACAAGGGAUAUAAUCCAUUACAACCCUAGCUUUGUGAGACCCAGAAAACAUAGCCACUGACGAUAAAAUUAAAUGUGUGAAAUCGUUGAUAGGUGGUGAACAGUGACAAGGGAGAUAAUCAUUUACAACCCUUACAAGGGAGAUAAUCCAUUACAACCCUGACUUUGUGAGACCCAGAAAACAUAGCCACUGACGAUAAAAUUAAACGUGUGAAAUCGUUGAUAGGUGGUGAACAGUGACAAGGGAGAUAAUCUAUUACAACCCUUACAAGGGAGAUAAUUCAUUACAACCCUGACUUUGUGAGACCUAGAAAACAUAGCCACUGACGAUGAAAUUCAGGAAAAUUUGGCACGUGUAGAUUGAGGGGUCCAGACAUACCUGACCGAAACUAAAAUGCUGGCUAUUGCCAGUUUGCGUUAUUUCUUUUUUAAACAAUGUAUAAGUCACAUGUAUAUUCUAAGAUACAGUAUGUUAUUUAGUGGACGGAUGAAAGACGGGCAUAUUGUUCUUUUUUUUUUCUUUUUUUUUUCUCUGAAACUGUGCAUUUUUAGCUCUGCUUAUAGAACGAUCCAAGU